AUGCUCAACAGGCCCGCAAGGGUCUUUGAGCCAGCAUGGUCAAUGCCGCAGGCAUUAAAGGCCCAACUCCCUCAGGCGUACCAUCAGGUCAAGACGACGACGGAUGUCAAGCUGCAGGUAUUCUUGAGGGAGGAUGGGAUGCUGGCUCUGUAUGGAUGCAUUCAAGAUGGCAUCCAACGGGCGCCAAAGCAUCCCUUUGUCCCCCUCGGUGCUGCCCAGACACGUGAUGAGGUGGAUGACCAGUACGAGUUUAUCUGCUCGGUCUCCAUCUUUCACGUUGUGGCUAUUGUGCUGCUGGAUGGUUCCAGCAAGAGGAACCAGCAGAUUUUCACACUUUACGCACAACUGGAACUGCUGUCCCAGUCGUCUGAACUGGUGCUGCACCUGUGGGACAAGGCUCACACCAUUGCUCGGGACGACACGGUCUCAAAUUGGUGGUUCAACGAUCGCUCUGACAGCGACAACCGCUUGUCAACCAAGCGCCACCAGAAAGCCACUGCUCUGGGAGCAAAGCUUACCCGCCAUGAGCUCAAGAGAUUCCGCAAGAGACAAGCCGCCGCACGAGAGGCGCAAGUUGUGCAGCUCGAAGCGCAGGUGCGGCAGAUGACUCAGGCAUCAUCAUCACUGCUGUCCUCGGAGCAGAUGCUAGUGUCACAGCAAGAGGAAGCGCAGGCGGAGCAAGAGGAAGCGCAGGCGGAGGAGCUGGAAGUAGAGGACGUGCUGGAGAGCUUGACAGAGCAACCAGUAGAGCCGUCCGAGCUGGCGACGCUUCGUGCUGCUACCUUUGCAGAAGUUAGGGCGGCCAUGCAGCAACAACCAAGCGCUCGAGAUCGCCAACUCUCAAUGCUGCUCUUCAAGCCGAUCAGUUAUGCCGAGGAUGCAGACCUUCACAGCCGUUUGAAGCAAGAGCGCGAGAGGUGGCUGUCGCAAGAAGAGAUACCCAAGCAUGUCCUGGAGGGUCCGCGCAUUCUUUGCGACGACUACAUCAGAGUGCUGGAGGGUGGCAACCAGCGCUCUGAUGUAGUGGCUCGAAAUCUCUGCCUGGUCAGGGCAAUAGACGCACCGGCUCGAGAAGUGGUGGACAUUGUGCGGCUCUCAAACCCCAAACCUUCUUAUCACCCCGUAUUGCGCUUUUCCACGGCAGAUGCUUGUAUUGAUGACCACCUAGAGCAGCAACCUCCUCGAUACAAGCCGGCGGUAUGA